UCUUAGAAACUAAAUCAUUUUUAGUCGUUUACAAAUUAUUUUGUUUUCUUUUUCAUUGUUUUUGUUUACAAAUUUCAUAAUAAUAUGAAAAAAAGAGGGAGGAAAAGAGAAACAAAAAAUAUGAUAAGAAAUUGUUUUCUCAUAAUAACUAUAACGUUAUCACAAAUUUAUAAUGCCAAAACACAAAAUGUAAGAGAACAGGAUUAUGAAUCUGCUUUAAAUUUAAUAUUUAAUACAAAUUUAACAAAUACUCAAACACAACAAAAUCAAUUUGAACAACAAUUUAAUCAGUUUAAUAAUCAACAAUUGGAUGUGAGAACAACAACAAUAGCGCCAAAUCAAAUUACACCAAAUCUAGUCAAUAACAAUAACUUCAACGUAACAUAUGAGAUUUGUGGUGAAAAUAAAAUCUGUGUACCAUUCUUUUUAUGUAAAAACGGUACAGAUUCAUUAAAUGACGAUGGUGAACUAAUUAUAGAUAUACGUUUGGAUGAUAGUAAAAAAUGUUCACAAUAUUUAGAAAUAUGUUGUAAAAUUAAUGAUACAACCGAUUCGAGAAUACAUUUUGCUACAAAUGAAAAUGAAUAUAAUAAACCAAACUGUGGUAAACGAAAUGAUGAUGGUAUAUUAUUUCGUAUUUCAGGUGGAAUUGAAGAUGAAACUGAAUAUGGUGAAUUUCCAUGGAUGAUUGCGAUAUUAAAAGAAGAAUACGUUCGUGAUGAUAUAUUGACCCUAUAUAAAUGUGGUGGAUCAUUAAUACAUCCAUCAGUUGUAUUAACAGCUGCACAUUGUGUAUAUAAUUAUUCUGCACAUGAAUUGAUUGCACGAGCUGGUGAAUGGGAUACUCAAACAAAAGAUGAAUUAUAUAGAGAACAAGAUCGUAAAAUAUUGGAAUAUGUAUUACAUGAAAAAUUCAAUAAGAAGAAUUUAAAAAAUGAUAUUGCUUUAUUAUUUACAAUUGAACCGUUCGAGUUGCGUGCUGAUGUUAAUACGAUAUGUUUGCCAACAAUUGAUGCAAAUUAUAAAAAUUUUAGAUGUUUGGCAACUGGCUGGGGUAAAGAUGUAUUUGGUAGAGAAGGAAAAUAUCAAGUUAUUAUGAAAAAAAUUGAAUUACCAAUGGUAGCACAUAACGUAUGCCAAUUUAAAUUACGCAAAACACGUUUAGGUCAACUUUUUCGACUACAUGAAUCAUUUGUUUGUGCUGGUGGUGAAUUGGGCAAAGAUGUGUGCAAAGGUGAUGGUGGCGGUCCAUUAGUUUGUCCAAUAACAAAUAAAAAAUUAAAGUAUCAUCAAAGUGGUAUUGUUGCCUGGGGAAUUGGAUGUGGUACAGAAACACCAGGUGUUUACGUAAAUGUUGCAUAUUUUCGUACAUGGAUUGAUAAUAUAUUCACGUAUCGAAAUUUAGAUACAUCUUAUUACACAGCUAGUUAGUUUCAAAGUAUAUUUUAUUUGUCUUAGUUUUUAUGUUUUUAAAGUUACUCUUGCCUUAAAAUUAUUGACUCUAUGUGAAUAAUUAAAAAACAAAUAUAAUUUAUUUUUUUUUAAUUAAUAUUAUAAAUGAGCAUUUAUUUUACGUAGUUUAUGAA